CGCAGCUUGAUUAAUUCAAUGUCUAAGAACAUUUUUGGUCUCAUAUGCGAUUAAAUCAAGUCUGCAACAAAUUUAAUUUAUGCGUCUUAUGAUAGCAAACAGUUUUUCUUCAUUCUGUACCAAACACAAUCUUCAUUAUUUAAAUACUUGCCAUGAAUGUCAUAAAUAUACAUUGGUUUUUCUGUCUUUUUUCACUUUUCCCUCUGGAAAUACUCUCUCAAAGUGCGACGAUAGGCGGUAACGAAGUAAGCUUAGUGGGACCUUACACAGAUAACCAUGGCUACUUGGUAGUUGAAAGCGGGGACCUUCGAUACCCCAUGCGAGAGAUAAACAGAUUCGCAGCUGUGCUCUUAUGCCCUGCACUCUUCCCUGGCCAAGGUCGUACCCUGACUUGGUUUGGAUACGCUCUCAAUACUUCUUACUUCGAGACAGAAGAGACUAGAUACUACACGCUUAAAUGCCCACAAGGACAAUCAGACUUGGCCUCUUGCCCUUUCGUCUCCCAAGACGACACAACCCCUGUAUCCGAAGGCCACCCCCCGAGGCGACCAGUGGCCUACAUCAAGUGCAUGACUGAGUACGAGAACAGCUACUGUCAGCUGGACGACGUCCUAGUUGUGGACAAGUGUAACUUCAUCGGGGUCAAUGUCAUCCCUUUCUGGGAUCUCUCCCGCAUAAUCCUAUACUCUCUAGGAACAGUGCUCGUCAUGGCAAUCCUAGUCGCUUUCAUCAUAGUUUCACCCAGCCAACCCCCUACCUUCCAACUGGACGACUAGAAUCUAACCUAAAAUCCCUAGCUCUCGAUCUCUCAAACCUAACCGAUUUCUCAAAUGCAAUGGAAAGCUCACAAUUACUAGACUAAUAAACUUUGUUUUAGCUGAAAAAAAUGUCGUUUAACUGAGAUUUUUUUUUCUUAUUGUUUGAUUGUAAAUAAACAUACAAAUAAACGGAAAACAAAGUUUUGAAUCGCA